GGUGUAGUGGGUAGCUCUUCCAGGGAGAAUCUGCUUCCUGAAGCUGGAAUAAGACAGCAUUUUCAUCCGAGCAAAGGGGAGGGGAAAUUUAAACCAACAGCCACAUGAUCGGUAAAAGGGCUUUAAAACUGCGAAUGUGGAAUUGAAUCUUGCAGCUGAGUUUUUUUUUAAAGGGGGGAAAAAAAGACUUUGUUUGCAAAGUGCUCAGUGCAGCUUGAGUUGCUACUUUUUGAGUUGCUACUUUUUUGCAAAUAUGUUGCACGUGCCCCAGACAGAAGUUUACACGUACGAGAAAAUUAUUAUUUUUAUCUCCUGCUGCCUCUCUUUCCUGGGCUCCUCACUGAUCAUCGGGACCCACUUCUGGUGGCCGGAUUUGCGGACCAAAGCCCGCCAGUUGCUGGUGUACCUCUCGCUCGCUGACCUGCUCUCGGCUGUUUCCUAUUCCUAUGGGGUUAUGCGGGAUUUCCAGAGCUCCACCUGGGACUGUGUGUUGCAGGGGGCCCUAUCCACCUUCGCCAACACCAGCUCUUUCUUCUGGACUGUGAUGAUCGCCGUGUACCUGUACUUUAUCAUAGUCAGGUCGGAGCAGACGCUGGCCGAUAGUUUGGUCGUCUGGUUUCAUGCUGUUAGUUGGCUUGUGCCUCUUGUGAUCACCGUGGCUGCAGUUAGCCUGCAGAAGAUAGGUUAUGAUGCUUCCGAUGUGUCGGUGGGCUGGUGCUGGGUUAGCAUCCAGGCGGAAGAUCAUGUCUUGUGGAUGCUGUUAACGGGCAAAAUCUGGGAAUUCAUAGCCUACAUCACCCUGCCAACCCUUUACAUCCUCAUUAAGAAACACAUCUACAAAGCGCAUGAAGCAUUAUCAGAGUAUCGCCCUAUUCUCGCCUGCAAUUCCAGCCGCCUCUCUCGGUCUUCAAUGGCAGAUCGCAAGCUCACCAUUAUACCCAUCAUAUUCAUCUUCCUUCGAAUCUGGAGCACUGUGAGGUUCAUUCUGACACUUUGCAAUUCGCCUGCUGUGCAAAAUGGAAUGCUAGUAAUACUACACGGAAUAGGAAACACCUUUCAAGGAGCAGCUAAUUGCAUUAUAUUCGUCCUUUGCACACAAGUUGUUCGGACUCGACUGGUUUCCUGCCUGUGCAGCUGUUUCAGGUUCGAGGUUGACCCAAUGCCCCACAAGGCCAAUGUGAACAAUUAUGGGGAAGCAAUCUCUCGGCGAAAUGCAGAAAUACUUCCCUCCUAUGUAACUGAAGAGUAAGCGGAUUCCAGAAGGGGGGUAGUGGUGGCUAAUCGAAGCCGGCUGUAAGCGGUUUUAAGCAGUAUCGAGACACUAGGCACAGAAAUGUCGCACUUUGUUGUUGUAAGAUAGUGUUUGAUCUGUUGUGGUGCUGACGGCGAAGAAACCUGGUCUUUUGGAGGAGUCGCUUGAUGGGUGUUUGUGACGGACGGGUCUGGCCGCGCCUCGUCGGGAUGCCGAGGCUAGAAACUUUCCCACGUAACAUUGCACAACCGAAGAGGGGCAGCCUUCUGAGCUGCAUAUGCUUGUCUUGUAAACUACAGUGCCUGUUACAUUUUUUUUAAUACAAACUCAACACGAUUGAUCUAACAGCAACUGUUAAAACCUGCAAGAGUCUGCUGCAAUACUUGAACGUUGUUAGAUACCAGAACGUGAAUUAAAAAUGCUGCUUCUGACUUCUUGGUUUAAAAAAAAAAUUCUCUCUCUGCCUCCCCGACUGACAUUUUAAAAUCAUCUUUGGUGUGAAAAUCCUAUUAUUGAUAUGAGGGGGCUUGUGUGGCUUGACCGUAACCCCUCGGGACUGGGAAUCAGUUUGCAUUUAUAAUCUUCAAGUUCCGUUUUCCAUCUUCUCGAAGGCUGUGACUAAUUUUGGACACUAUUAGCAAUGACGUGAGGUAGAGGGUUCUCAAAGAGGGUUCUCUCCCACUUCCCCCCCGCACUUAUAUGUCACUAAUUCUAUCCCGGAGUCCUCAUUGGAGCCAGACUUGGUUCUAGUUCAAUACCUCAAACUGAUGAUAUCAAAAUACUCCAUUUUCAGAGAAAUUAAUAAGCAGAUCAGAACAUACAUUCUAUGUCUGUUGCAAUCUGCUGCUCCAGUUAGUAAUGUCUAAAGGCUGAAAUUCUCCUGUCCAUGUUGUCACCAAAGUCAAUGUAGGAACAAAAUGCUUUGCCCUUGUGCAGACCUCUGUUGAAAUUAUCAUCAGAAAGAAUUUUUUCUUUAUUCAGGAGAACAAACUGUUGAAGUAAAUCUGAUUGAUCUUAAACUUGAGUUACAGGCAGGUGGUGAGCUCUGAAUUUGUUUCUGGUGUAACAAGUACAUUGACUCAUGGUCAAGCUAUUGUGUACUCUUUCGCAGAUGAGGGAUCUUCAUCGAAACCAUUUUGAGCAGGUUUUUUUUUCCCCCUGCAGUUGCCAAUUUAAUCAUACACUGAAGGACCUAAUUCCAGUACGCUGAAUUGGGUAAUUGUUGGGAACAGCAUUCAGCCCUGACCUCCAUAAUGAAAAUACAGAUAUGAAACACAGAAGUCCUGGUUGGGGUGGGGCAGAAAGAAUUGAAAGAGGGAGAGAAAAGUUAAUGUAAAAACUACUUGUAAUAGCAGAACAACAAAAUAGACUCUCAGCCUUCUGACUUAAUUUGGCCACUAAGGGCUUAAUUUCCAGUGAUGGCCACUCCCAGGUGAUAGAUCAUAUUAAAUCUGCCUUUACUCCAUUUGCUUUGGAAUGUACAUGGAGUAAGCACUGGACCCAUUUCUUUUCCACUUUAACUUUUUUUUUGCUUAAAACAAAAAAAGCCUAAAACUCUAAGCUAAAAUCGUGAAUCGAACAUUUGCUAAGAUUAUGGAUCCUUCUCCACUUCACUUAUUCUCAUGUUCUUUAUAUUGGGGGGGGGGGGGGAAAACAUUUUCACACUUUUUAAGAUUAAAACUCAGCAAGACAUUUUUUGUUACUUUUUAAAAACUAACUACAGCUGGAUACUGAUGUGUAAAUGUUCUGAUACCUUUUGAUAGCUACCUUCUCUUUUGCCACCAGUGAUUACACUUCCAAUGUAACUCAUUAGGUGUGAAGUAUGCAGAAUACCUGGAAGUGCAUGAAAGACACCUGUUUACAAAUUCUUGCUUCAUAAGGCUGAAGGAAGUGAUAUCUUUCUCUUCCCCUGAUCAUGUUUAAAGACAUCUUUCAGUGACAAAAAUACCCAAUAGUUCACACUUGCUUGUACACAUCAGGUACCAUUUGAUUGUCAAGCAAAGCGUUGAUGUAAAAACCUGAGCACUCAUUAUCACAACUCACCUUUACGAUUCUGUUACUCUUUUUUAAAAUUAAAAUUAGUCAAAGUUUUCUAAAUAUCUCAACCAGUUUCCUUGCUGGUGUUUAUUCUGGAUAUGGUCAGAUUAGAAUAUGUAAACAUAGCCCCAAUGUUUUCUCGGUAAGUUUGAACGUAGGUUUUUGAAAAAAUGUUUGUUACAGAUAAAAGAAUGUAUUGUGAUCUAUGACAACUAAUAAAGUACUUUUGCUAAUGGGAAA